AAUUCACUUUAUUUACGUUUCGCCGUUAGACGUAUGAAUUUUAAAGUUCAAAGAAUCGUGAGGAUCGAGAAAUAAGAUCUAACAAUGGAGCUAAAAACGAGACAAACGAGGAAAUUGUUGGAGCUUUUGCGACAGCAGGUAAACAAGUUGUACCUGUUGCUGACCGGCGUUUCUAUCAAUUCGUCAGAGAUUUUAGCUGCAAAAUCGAUACUAUAUGAGCAACUGCAUUCUUUAACUCAGAGAUUCAACAAUUUAGCAAGUGAUGAUAAUUGCGAUUACGAAGAAGCAAAUGUAAAGUUUGCUGAUACUGCAACAAAUUUGAAAUGUACUUCUUUAUUGAAAAACAUUGACGAGCUUCUUAAGGAUAUUAAGUGUGACAAUAUUGAUAGCAAUGCAGCUAAACACAAGACAGAAUCACUGCUUGAUAAUUUUGCAUUAGUUUUGCGAACUUUGGAAGAUUUAGAAUGUUUGCCAUUGAAGCAGAGGCUCCAGGACUGUCUGGAUUAUGUUAGAGAAAUGGGCACAGCAAACGAGAUUGAGGAUCUUCAAAAUAUAAAGGAAUUGGGCACUUCAAUAUUAGAAUUACUCGAACCACUACAGAAUUAUAGAAAAAGUUUAGCAUCUAGUUUUUUAUCACAGAAACUAGCUUUAUAUACUUCUCAACUAUGCACAUCAUUUGAAAUGCUAGUACAACUGGCACAGGAGCAGCAUCAGCUGAAUGCACCAAUUUAUGUUUGCAAGAAGUAUAUUUGCGAAAGGAUAUGCACUUGCUGUGAGAUGAUUUUAAAUUUGCUGAAUGAUUCUAAUUCAUCAUUGGAAAAGGAAACUUGCGAAAGAGAGAAUCAUUUUGUCUAUAGAAUGGACUUGGCAUUGGACAUUAUAUUAGAAAUACCGAGUAAAACGCAUGAAGAGCAACUGUCCGAAUGCGCAGAACUGUGGUCGAGACUGGAGGAUGUCUUCUCUCAUGCUAUGGCAAUUACCCAAGUCUGUCAACCAUAUAAUUUUAAAGCCAUAACCGGUUCCUGCCAGUCUAUAGUGCUGGAAUAUGAAAAAUUGAAACAGCAAUUGCUGUCGGAAGUUUUAGAUCCAGCAUUAAAUAAUUUGUUCAUGCAUACUUUGACUGAUGCUCUUUACCGUUUGGAACGCAAAGUUAACAUAGCUGUAUUAACGCUCGCGAUGGAGGUAUUCAGUAAUCCCUACGCGGCCUUGAAGAAACUCGUUAUGACAUGUGGAAAUUCGUUGAGUGCGAAAAGAAGAUCAAAGAGUGAUCUAAACGAUCUCAUAGAAGACUUUGACCAACUCUUUGAUCAAACUAUGCAGAUUGGAAUGUUCGCGAUUGCUUGUUACAAAGACAAGAAUCGUAAUAACAAAAUUCGCAGUUGUCUCGCUGGAUUUGAAUCCUUAGAAACUGAAUUGAUUUCUGCUAUAACGUCCUUCUAUUUGCAUCCAGAUAAUAAAGAGAUGCGUUCUAGUGUUAAACUAUUGACUACGCAAUGGCAGGUGGAGAUGAAUAAAUUUCAGAAUGUUGUAAAUCUCAUUAUAAACUCGGCUGCCUUCUGCCAAGUAGUUAUGGACAGUCUGCAGGAACGUAUAACGACAAUCUCAGACUGUCUUGAUAACAGAGAACCGGUUACGCAACUGCAAGUGCAAGGUAUCGUUCAACGUGCUUCGGCUUUAUCUAGUCAAGUCACAGCGAUUGUAAAUGACAUUGGCACCGAGAACAUCGAUCGUCAAACAAUAAUGAUGACGAGGGAAUUGAAAGCAGCCAUUUUUGAAGCCAAUGCAGCUGCUAAAACUCUUCUGGUGGAAAAUGCAACGGAGCCUCAACAAUUGCGAGUAAUAAAACGAUGUGAAUUAAUAUUGAAUGUCGUUCAAAGAUUGCAACCCGCCUUAUCUAAAAUUAUAAACAAUACGACGCGUGAAAAAUCUAUGAGAUGUCAAGGAAAUAUCAGUCAUGGCAGCGUCUCAAACGCCAUGAACUUUCCAUCUACAGUUUACGGUUUACCGCGCGAUGAAAAUAGUGUAGUUUACAUUAGAACACCCUAUACAGUAAAAACACGUAAACCACAGGUGUCCAUUCAAUCGGCAAACAGUAUAGUGCAGAAACCAUCGAAUCUGUCAUAUUUAAUACCUUACAUAAAGAAUGGUCGUGCAUUGCGCAGCGAGCAUUCUAUCAUGUACAAUACACCGUACAAAAACAGAAACAUAACGGAGCCUGCUGUUAAAAACAAGAUGUCUCCUAGGAAUCUGUCUAGCAUUAGACAACAUCUUUUUAGCAGAGAUAGCUUCAGCAUUCACACAGACUACGAUGUAUCUGAGGAAAGCAUGGAUUUAACAGCCGUUUUAGAAAAGAUUUCUUUGUCGUCAACAUCGGGAAACGCAACAUUCUCGUCGUGCCAAUUUUCAAGAGUAGAGAACGUAUCCUCGGAAAGCGUGAACAAAGAAUCUGUUUUCAACAUCGUAGAAAAACUAUAUGAAACUGAUAAAUCGGAAACGGAAAGUUGUUUAAAUAAAUCCGCGAUAACGGAGAAGAUGAGCGAGUGUGCCAUAUCUGGUGGCGGCGACGCGUCCUUGAUCAUGAAAUCGUGUCAAAAGCUCAAUAGCGCACGACCUCCGAACAAUAAGAUACAAAAGUCGACCUCGGAACAACGUGAGGUAUAAAAGAAAAUAUAUAUUUUGUUAAAUGUUAAAUAUUAAGUAUUAACGCAAUUUUUUAAUUGAUAGCAUUUAAGAUUGGAUGGUUACGUCGAUGUGUAAUUAUAAGUGAGUUACAGUGUCGAUUAUAUAUCGUUAUAUAGUUGAUUAUAUUAAGAAAAUUUCAAUUUCAAUUGUAAAUGAUAAAUUUUAUCAAAAUUUUUAUAUUGCGAUAUAAAAGAAGUUGAAAC